GACUUUUGCUGCGUUACCAACUCCGGUCAGCAGGGGGCAAUGUGGAGACGCGUGACGUAGAAAAUAGUGGACAUGACGUCGCAAACCAACAACAACAAAGAUGGAGGCACGUUACCUCGGGUGACUGUAACGUUACUAGUCUGUCUAGCGGUCAGCUAGCUAUUCCAGCGCCGCCGACCACCAACCGGUCCCAGACAUGAGCUCUCUAAGCUACUUCACCCCGGCCCGAGAAGAAGAGCUGCUGUGGUCGGGAAACGCAGGCGCAGCCACCGGACCUCUACCCAGCACCCUCGGAGGAGAGGAGGCACGGCGCUUCUAUCAAAGCCUCAUAGAAGAAGGGGAUGGAGAGGAGAGACGAGGAAUGGAGCAGAGGGGGAGAGAGAACCGCAGGGGGAGAAGAGCGGGGCAGCACGUCCAGGCUAGCAGGCAGCAGGCUAGCAGGCAGCAGGCUAACACCACCAGCACUACCACAGAACUGGAGGGGCUAAGACUGCUGCGUUGUGCCCAGGAAGGAGACCUGUCUGGGGUGAGAGGCCUGCUGUCCCGGGGGGUGGAUGUCAACUUCCAGGACAGCUGGUGGUGGACAGGUGUGAUGUGUGCAGCGGCGGCAGGGCAGCGGGGUGUCGUUAGGCUCCUCCUCCAGCAGGGGGCGGCGUGGGUGGGCGUGGUCGACACGCAGGGCCGGGACGCCAGGGAGCUGGCUAGGAUGGCGGGGCAUAGCGGGGUCCUAGAGGAACUGGACCACUACGGGUCUCCGCAGGACUGUGACCAUGAGAGACAGAGGGGUCAACACAACCAUUACAGGAGAGAGACGCAGGACCACCAGGACCACAGUUCUCCCCCAGCGGUAGCAGCAGUCCAGACCCAUCAGAACCAGUCCACCCAGAAUCAGACCCAGUGGUGUCCAGUCUGCAGUGUCCACUACUCCUCUCCUCCAGAGACACACCUCUCCUCCACCCUCCACCUGUUCUCUCUCUCCCGCCCUGCCCCCCUUCCCCACUACUGCCUCCCCCCCUCCACCCCCGCCUACCAGAUGAUGCUGCGCUCCGGAUGGACCCCUGGAGGGGGGCUGGGGCCCGAAGGGGAGGGUCAUAAACAGCCGGUCCGGACCGUCCUGAAGAGGGACAGUAGAGGCCUGGGGUACGGACCCACACCCCGACCCAAGGUCACACACUUCCAACCCAAAGACCCGCAGGCAGUCAGACGGACGGGGAAGGAGGGUCGGGGGGAGAGGGGGAGGAGGGGGAUGAAGGAGGAGAGCAGGAGGGAGGAGAAGGACAGGAACUGGGAGAGGGACUUCCGCUCUUCCUUUAACACCUUUGACCCCUGACCUCUAAAUGUUGACCCUGGGACACCUGUUGUAGUCAGUUUCUCUCUAGUGUACACUCUCUCUCUCUCUCUCUCUCUCUAUCUAGUGUACACUCU